AUGUCGGUCUCACGGCUUACCACGAUUGCCCUCCUUGGGCUAAUUACCGUCGCCUCGAUACCAUGCAUUAUGAUACUUCACUUCCGAGUUGGCACUUUCGACCUGAUGGAAUCCAUCUCCCAGAAAGCCCCGCACUUGCUCCUCGGUGGGCCGGCUGUGUUACGCACGGUGUACUCACACUUUGGGCCUCUGGAUGCGCAACUUACCAGUCUGAUACGCUUCUUCUGGCCAGUUGUCACAGGGGCAACGCCGGAGCUAUCACUUUUUGGUGUCUACAUGGGUGGCCAACUUCUCUCAUGCUUGGCCUUAGUCCUUAUUGAGGGCGAGCGUAAGGGGAAUGCCUGGAGUCCCAUUGGGUUUCCAACAUUCUGGGCAACGUCGUGGGUGUUUAUUCCUUUCGGGUUUGUGCAACCAAUUCACAAUCUCAUCCACGUGCUCUUCUCGUCUCAGGGACGAGCCAAAGGAGAGGUCGAUGCAAACGCAAUAUCCGCCAACGCAAAGCGCAUAGUGCUACUUCCAGUAUCGUUGACCCUCGGCUACAUCAUCCCUUCAUUCGUGAUCUGCCUCCCAUCUCCAGAGGUCGUAUCGCAUCACGAUCGCCAGGGGUUCCUCAUCGCGUGGCAAUUCUUUGCUAUAUGGACAGCUAUCUCGCAGUUUAUUCUAACGAGACUGGUAUCCGAUAAUAUAAUCAAUCGGCUCCUGGGUAUUGGAGAGUCUCCUCAGAGACGGGCGGCCACAGCACUCCGUUACACGUACAAUUUCGUCCUUAUGGUAACAGUACUUACUCACUCUCUAAUUCUAGAUACCGUUCUAUGCCACGCUUUCAUCCCGUCCUACUUCCCUGCAACUAUCGAUCAGCUGCAUCCGCUCCUCGUUUUCCAACCAAUAUCGCCUUUCUCGAAUGAGAAAUUGGAGGCAUUUGAGCGCGGCAUACUCAGCCUUCUACAGUACGAUACCUACUUUGCGGGCGCUAGCUCGCUCAUCUGGGCAUUGUAUCUGUAUAGCUGCGUGAAGCCGAAUGCGACGUUUGCGGGGCUGGUUGGGAAAGCUACGCUCUUUACGGUAUUAUUUGGGCCGUGUGGCGCUGCUCUGGCUGUUAUGAAGGAGAGGGAUGAGGCCGUUUUUGUGGAUUCUACAGAGAGUGAUACUCCAAAAAAGCAGAAUUGA